AUGAGAUUCCUCUCCUCCCUUUGUGCACUGUCACUGGUGACAGCGUCAGUGGCACUCCCAAAAUCGGACCAUGUACUUCACGAAAAGCGCAGCAGUGCCUCUACCCUAUGGGAGAAGACCACUCGGGUCAAUAGCACCGAAACUGUGAUUGUUCGCAUCGGGUUGACUCAAAGCAAUCUUGAUCGUGGCUAUGAAUAUCUCAUGGAUGUAUCGGACUCAGUAUCGCCCAACUACGGCAAGUUCUGGACGGCAGAGAAAGUGGCGGAAACUUUCGCUCCCUCCAACGCUUCUGUCGAAGCUGUACGAAACUGGUUGAUCGGAGCGGGAGUUGAUCAAUCUCGCUUGGGACAGACAAAGAACAAAGCCUGGAUCGUCUUCAAUGCAACCACUGAAGAGGCGGAAGCUCUCCUCCACACCCAGUACUAUUAUUACAGGAACAAAGCCACCGGCUCCACAACAAUUGCUACCGACCAAUACCGUCUGCCCCAGGUAGUUCAACCACACGUCGACUAUAUCAAGCCGGGUGUUCUCCUACCCUUGACGUCGAGGAAGCGCCAAGCUGGGCGAAAGCCUCUUAGGUAUCAGCCCGCCAAAAAGACCACACCAAGCCCUUUGUCUCUUGCCACAUGUGACCAGGCUAUUACCCCAGCUUGCAUUGCAGCAUUGUACAAGAUUCCCGCUUCCAGUAAGAAUGUGAGCCCAAACAACUCACUAGGCAUUUUCGAGGAAGGCGACUACUACUCCCAGGAGGAUCUGAACUUGUUCUUCCAAAAGUUUACUCGCUGGAUUCCCCAGGGCACCCAUCCCAAACCUGCAUUCAUUGAUGGGGCUGAGGCGCCGGUGCCGGUUGAUGAAGCCGGCACAGAGUCAGACUUGGACUUUCAACUGGCAUACCCCAUAGUCUACCCGCAAGAGAUUACGUUGUUCCAAACCGAUGACUCGAACUAUGCCAGCCAGCAGGUUUACACCUCCGGGUUCCUCAACACUUUUCUCGAUGCGCUCGAUGGGGUGAGCUCAUACUGUACCUAUUGUGCUGAUGGAGAGUGUGGUGACGCACCGGGCCUCGAUCCCGUUUACCCGGACACAUAUCAGGGAGGGUAUACAGGACAGCUGAUGUGCGGCACCUACAAGCCGACAAACGUCAUCUCCAUCUCCUAUGGGUCUCAGGAAGAGGAUCUCCCGGAUUAUUACCAGAAGCGUCAGUGUAACGAGUUCCUCAAACUCGGGCUUCAGGGUACAUCUAUUCUAAUUGCCUCCGGAGAUGACGGAGUUGCUGGACCCCCUGGGGAUGAUAGUAAUGACGGCUGUCUUGGAAAUGGAACUGUCUUCAGUCCUGCAUUCCCCAACAGCUGUCCCUGGAUCACCAACGUUGGCGCCACGAAGUUGUAUCCCGGACACACUGUCGCCGACGGAGAGAGCGCCGCCUAUGAUCCGCCUGGAAGCCCCUAUCGAGUAGCAUACGCAUCCGGCGGUGGCUUCAGCAAUAUCUACCCUAUCCCAGACUACCAGUCCAAAGCAGUAGCCGAAUAUUUGAAGAAGCACAACCCUCCCUACCCUUACUACAAAGGUGGGGCCAACCUCGGUAAGAAUGGAGGAGUCUACAACAGGCUUGGACGCGGAUAUCCAGAUGUCGCCGCCAAUGGUGACAAUAUUGCCAUGUUCAACGGCGCAAAAUAUAUUCUGGAAGGAGGCACCAGCGCCAGCACUCCUAUUUUUGCGUCGGUGAUCAACCGGAUUAUCGAGAAGCGCAUUGCUGCUGGAAAGGGUCCGGUGGGUUUCCUCAAUCCCGUUCUGUACCGAAACGCGGAGGCGUUGAAUGAUAUCACUAAUGGAACCAAUCCUGGCUGUGGGACCGAUGGUUUCUCUACGGCUCCGGGAUGGGAUCCGGUAACCGGGCUCGGAACACCGAACUUCCCCAAAUUGUUGGACGUCUUCUUGAACCUGCCUUAAUUAUAUAGUCGAAAGGAGGGAGAUGUGCACAAGACGAGAGAUGGAUGAAGAGGCAGCUGUAAAGAGG